AUGGGGCUUACCAAACAGUAUUUGCGUUAUGCACACGACGGCACUUGUAACGUGGUAGCAUCCAGCAGUGGAACUGUUGCCGCUAUCACUGAUAAUAUUUGCGCUGUGUCAGCAUGCGAAAAUGUCAAUUUUUAUAAUAUGAAAAUAGGCGAAAAAAUUGAUGAAAUUAGAGGGUCGGACAAGUGCGUUUCAACUAUUAAAUUCAGUGGGAAUCGACGGUUCCUUGCUGUUGGAUAUGUGGAUGGAAUAGUUCGGUUGUAUGAUCGGAAAGCCGAUGAUCGAUUGAUGUAUGUCACAUUUGCUGGACACCGAACAGGUGUUAACUGUAUUGCAUUUAGUAAGGAUGGUCUGACACUAGCAACGGGCGGAAAGGAUUCAGCAGUGGUAGUUUGGGAUAUCGUAAAUGAAUCAGGUUUAUUCCGUUUGAACGGACAUAAAAAUUCGGUGACACACUUACAGUUUACAUUAAAUGGACGAUUUCUUAUUAGCAGUUCGAAAGAUACGUAUGUGAAGUUUUGGAGCUUAGAUUCGAAAAGUUGUUUCUUCACUAUAACAGAUUGCCAUUCUGAGGUUUAUACAUUUUCACUGCUCAAAAGCGAUACUUUCUUACUGGUUGGAUCAGCAGAGUUGGAACUACGAGUCUUUGAUCUUCACUGGUUCGAAAAAGAGGAGCUGGAUGAUCAAGACGGUGAAUCUACGAAGAAAUUGAAAGCCAGUGAAAACUCUGUUGAAUUUAGUGAAUAUGCACAGGCAAAUAACAUUAUGCGCUGUGUGAAAAGGGGACAUAUUUUGAGACGCUCUAAAGGACGCACUCUUCAGCUUGCCGUUAGCCGGGAUGAAAAAGUUGUUGCAUGUGUGGGUUCAUUACACUGCAUUGACAUUUUCCGGAUUUAUGAUGAUUAUGAGUCACAAAAACGCCUAACGAAGAAGCUUCGGAAGGCUCACAAAAAGUUAUCGAUUGGAAGUGAUGCCGCAGAAACGAUUUCUGAAACAGAUGUCGUAAAAGAUGUCACUAUUUUGAUCUCACGGAUAGGUGAAUUCAAACCGAAAGGAAAAGUGAAGUGGGUUGAUUUUAGCUCAGGUGCGAAACACUGCGGAGGUGACGUACGUCAAUAUCAAUUAUAUGUGCUCUACGCAACGAAUACAGUGCUGUCUGAAGCAGUCUUGAUUGAUUUCAAAUCAAAUGAAGUGCAAUUUGCUGAUUUGGCUGACUUGAGUCGGUUAGGUCAUCGUACGGAUGUUCGAUGUCUUGCAGUUGCAGAAAGUGGAUUCGGCUUUGUAUCAGGGAGCGCAGAAUCAGCUAUCGUAUGGAACUUGCAUAGUCUUAAGAUUUCACACACGUUAGAGGAUGAGCAAAUGGUCGAUAUCACCGCGUCAUUGUUUGUUACAGGCGAUAAACAUGUUAUUUUAGCGACAAAGGAAGGCAACAUAUUUCUGUUUGAAUUGGCAACUCAUGAAAUGCUUGAAAUGGUUAAAAAAGCUCACAGUGGGGCUAUUUGGCAGCUUAUUUCAACACCUGAUAAGAAGGGCUUUAUCUCCUGCGGUAAUGACAAGACGGUUCAAUACUGGAAUUACGAAUUAGUGAAUGAAGGGACGAGAAAACGUCUAUCAGUAAGAUCUUGCCGGGUAUUGGAAGUACCAGAUGAAGCGUUGUGCGUUACUGCUAGCAAUGAUUCACGUUUUCUUGCUGUGGGGCUUCUGGACAAUACGGCUUGCGUUCAUUUCAUUGAUACGUUCAAAUUUUUUGUUUCACUUUAUGGGCAUGCACUUCCUGUUACAGCUAUUCAUAUUUCACAUGAUAGCAAAUUAGUUGCUACUGGUUCAGCCGAUAAAAGCGUCAAGAUAUGGGGAAUAGAUUUUGGAGAUUGCCACAAGUCCUUUCAUGCGCAUGAUGACAUUGUGACUUGCGUUUUAUUUUCACCCAAAGAACAUCUAUUGUGGUCUGCUGGUAAAGACGGUUUGAUCAAGCAGUGGGAUGCGGUAAAGUUUGAACAGAUUCAGGUUUUAAAUCUGCAUUCGGCCGAAAUUCGAGCUCUUGCACAAACUAGUAAUGGAAAAUGUGUUAUUUCCUCAUCGCACGAUAAAUCAAUCCGAUUGUGGCAGUUGACAGAAGAAAUCAUUGUUCUUCAAGAAGAGAAAGCAAUGGAGCGAGAGAAGGAAUAUGAAAAACGUCUUAUUCAGUUGAAUGAUAUUGUACCUGGGGAAGAAAAAAUUAAUGAAGCCGAAAUAGCAGUCCAAAAAAGUAUCUCAAGCAUUAAAUCGGCUGAAGAUAUUAUUGAAGCGCUAGAUGUCGUGCGAAAUGAGAGGACAGCUAUGUUGGAAGACCCAAAGCGGGAAAAGCACCCAUUGUUACUAUACUUUCAAAGUGCAUCUCUUGACCACUUUGUACUUGAUGUGAUUCAACGAGUACCAUCCAGCCAUUUGGAAAAAAGUUUAUUAAUGGUGCCAUUCGGUUUUAUUCCUGAUAUUAUCAGGGCACUAGGUGUAUGUAUUGGAAAACAUUAUAAAGCAGAGUUGGCAUCACGUGUGCUAGUUUUUAUUGUAAGAAUUCACCACAAUCAUCUCAUAACACAGACUGCUUUGAUAACUCUAUUCGAUGAUUUAUGCCGGAAGGUUCCGCGGGAGUUGGAUGAUUUACGGGAUAUUUGUGGUUUCAAUCUGGCGGCUUUAAGACUUUUCCAAAAAGAAGUGGAAGAACAGUCGGAAGUGAAAUUCUUUGUCGAUUCUUCAGAAUCAGGCAGGAAGAGAGAGAAAAAAAAAUCAAGGAAGACUAUGAUGAAAGUUUUUGCCUAA